GGACAUGCGGCUCUGGAGUUGGGUGCUGCGCCUGGGGCUGCUGAGCGCCGCGCUGGGCUGCGGGCUGGCCGAGCGCCCCCGCCGGGCCCGGAGAGACCCGCGGGCCGGCCGCCCCCCGCGCCCCGCCGCCGGCCCGGCCACCUGCGCCACCCGGGCGGCCCGCGGCCGCCGCGCCUCGCCGCCGCCGCCGCCGCCGCCGCCGCCGGGCGGUGCCUGGGAAGCCGUGCGCGUCCCCCGGCGGCGGCAGCAGCGGGAGGCGAGGGGCGCCGCCGAGGAGCCGAGCCCGCCGAGCCGGGCGCUCUAUUUCAGCGGGCGAGGCGAGCAGCUGCGCCUCCGGGCCGACCUCGAGCUGCCCCGGGACGCGUUCACGCUGCAAGUGUGGCUGCGAGCAGAGGGGGGCCAGAGGUCUCCGGCGGUGAUCACAGGGCUAUAUGACAAGUGUUCUUAUACCUCACGUGACCGAGGAUGGGUCGUGGGCAUUCACACCGUCAGUGACCAAGGCAACAGAGACCCACGCUACUUUUUCUCCUUGAAGACGGACCGGGCCCGGCAAGCGACCACCAUCAAUGCCCACCAAAGCUACCUCCCGGGCCAGUGGGUAUUUCUAGCUGCCACCUACGAUGGGCGGCUGAUGAAGCUGUAUGUGAACGGUGCCCAGGUGGCAACCUCUGGGGAGCAGGUGGGUGGCAUAUUCAGCCCGCUGACCCAGAAGUGUAAAGUGCUCAUGCUGGGGGGCAGCACGCUGAAUCACAACUACCGGGGCUACAUUGAGCGCUUCAGUCUGUGGAAAGUGGCCAGGACUCAGCGGGAGGUGCUGCUGGACAUGGAGACCCAUGGCCUCCACACCCCUCUACCUCAGCUCCUUCUGCAGGAGAACUGGGACAAUGUGAAGCGCACCUGGUCCCCCAUGAAGGACGGCAACAGCCCCCAGGUAGAGUUCAGCGGCGCCCACAGCUUCCUGCUGGACACGAGCCUGGAGCCCCCUCUGUGCGGGCAGACCCUGUGCGACAACGCAGAGGUCAUCGCCAGCUACAACGAGCUCCCGCGAUUCCGCCGGCCCAAGGUGGUGCGCUACCGCGUGGUCAACCUCCGUGACGAUGGCCACGAGAACCCCACCGUGAGCCGCCAGCAGAUCGACCUCCAGCACCGGCAGCUGGCCGAGGCCUUCCAACACUACAACAUCUCCUGGGAGCUCGAGGUGCUGGAGGUGAGCAACUCCUCCCUGCGCCACCGCCUCAUCCUGGCCAACUGUGACAUCAGCAAGAUCGGGGACGAGAACUGCGACCCCGAAUGCAACCACACGCUGACCGGCCAUGACGGCGGGGAUUGCCGCCACCUGCGCCACCCUGCCUUCAUGAAGAAGCAGCAGAAUGGGGUGUGUGACAUGGAUUGCAACUACGAGCGGUUCAACUUCGACGGCGGAGAGUGCUGUGACCCCGACAUCACCGACGUCACCAAGACCUGCUUCGAUCCCGACUCUCCACACAGAGCAUACUUGGAUGUUAAUGAACUGAAGAACAUUCUUAGACUGGAUGGAACUACACACCUCAAUAUCUUCUUUGCAAACUCCUCGGAGGAGGAAUUGGCAGGAGUAGCCACUUGGCCAUGGGACAAGGAGGCCCUCAUGCCCUUAGGGGGCAUCGUCUUGAACCCCUCCUUCUACGGCAUUCCUGGGCACACCCACACCAUGAUCCACGAGAUCGGGCACAGCCUCGGCCUCUACCACAUCUUCCGAGGUAUCUCGGAAAUCCAGUCUUGCAGUGACCCCUGCAUGGAGACCGAGCCCUCCUUUGAGACCGGAGACCUCUGCAGCGACACCAACCCAGCCCCGAAAUACAAGUUCUGUGGUGACCCUGGGCCAGGAAACGACACCUGUGGCUUUCAUAGCUUCUUCAACACUCCUUACAACAACUUCAUGAGCUACGCAGAUGACGACUGCACGGACUCCUUCACGCCCAAUCAAGUCGCCAGAAUGCACUGCUACCUGGACCUGGUGUACCAGAGCUGGCAGCCCUCCAAGAGGCCGGCGCCUGUCGCCCUCGCCCCCCAGAUUGUGGGCCACACCACUGACUCCGUGACGCUGGAGUGGUUCCCGCCAAUCGAUGGCCACUUCUUUGAAAGAGAUUUGGGAUCAGCAUGUGACCUUUGCCUGGAAGGAAGAAUCCUGGUGCAGUACGCUUUCAACGCCUCCUCCCCGAUGCCCUGUGGCCCGUCAGGACACUGGAGUCCCCGGGAGGCAGAAGGUCAUCCAGAUGUUGAACAGCCCUGUAAGUCCAGUGUCCGCACCUGGAGCCCCAAUUCAGCUGUCAACCCACACACGGUCCCCCCAGCCUGCCCCGAGCCUCAAGGCUGCUACCUGGAGCUGGAAUUCCGCUACCCUUUGGUUCCGGAGUCUCUGACGAUCUGGGUGACCUUCGUCUCCACCGACUGGGACUCCAGUGGGGCUGUCAAUGACAUCAAACUGUUGACUACCACGGGGAAGAACAUCUCCCUGGGCCCUCAGAACGUCUUCUGCGAUGUCCCACUGACCAUCAAACUCCGGGGUGUGGACGAGGAGGUGUAUGGCGUUCAGAUCUACACGUUGGACGAGCACCUGGAGAUCGAUGCCGCCAUGUUGACCUCCGUCGCAGACAGCCCCCUCUGUCUGGAGUGUAGGCCCCUGCAGUACAAGGUGGUCCGGGACCCUCCUCUCCACGCGGAUGUGGCCUCCGUCCUGCAUCUGCACAGAAGAUUCACAGACAUGGACCUAAGUCUUGGCAGUGUGUACCAGUACCGGGUCAUCACUGUUUCCGGAAGCGAGGAAGGUGAGCCAUCACCCGCGGCCGUGUACACCCAUGGAAGUGGGUACUGUGGCGAUGGCAUCAUCCAGAAAAGCCAAGGCGAACAGUGCGAUGACAUGAACAAGAUCAACGGUGACGGCUGCUCCCUUUUCUGCCGGCUGGAAGUUUCCUUCAAUUGCAUUGACGAACCCAGCCGGUGCUAUUUCCAUGAUGGUGAUGGGGUAUGUGAGGAGUUUGAACAAAAAACAAGCAUCAAGGACUGUGGUGUCUACACGCCCCAGGGGUUCCGAGACCAGUGGGCGUCCAAUGCUUCGGUUUCCCAUCAAGACCAGCAGUGUCCAGGCUGGGUCAUCAUUGGCCAGCCGGCGGCAUCCCAGGUGUGUCGAACCAAGGUGAUCGAGCUCAGUGAAGGCAUCUCCCAGCACGCUUGGUACCCUUGCACCGUCAGCUACUCCUACUCCCAGCUGACUCAGCUCACUUUCUGGCUCCGGGCAUACUUUUCUCAGCCAAUGGUUGCUGCGGCGGUCAUUGUCCACCUGGUGACUGAUGGGACCUAUUAUGGGGACCAGAAGCAGGAAACCAUCAGCGUCCAGCUGCUCGAUACCAAAGAUCAGAGCCACGAUCUAGGCCUCCAUGUCCUGAGCUGCAGAAACAAUCCUCUGAUUAUCCCUGUGGUCCAUGACCUCAGCCAGCCCUUCUACCACAGCCGGGCGGUGCGUGUGAGCUUCAGUUCACCCCUGGUCGCCAUCUCGGGGGUGGCCCUGCGCUCCUUCGACAGCUUUGACCCCGUCACCCUGAGCAGCUGCCAGAGAGGAGAGACCUACAGCUCUGCGGAGCAGAGCUGUGUGCACUUCGCAUGCGAGGCCACUGACUGUCCCGAGCUGGCCGUGGAGAAUGCCUCUCUCAACUGCUCCAGCAGUGACCGCUACCAUGGUGCUCAGUGUACCGUGAGCUGCCGGACGGGCUACGUGCUCCAGAUCCAGCGGGACGACGAGCUGAUCAAGAGCCAGCUGGGGCCCAGCGUCACAGUGACCUGCACGGAGGGCAAGUGGAGCAAGCAGGUGGCGUGCGAGCCCGUGGACUGUGGCACCCCGGACCAACACCACGUCUACGCUGCCUCCUUCUCCUGCCUCGAGGGCACCACCUUUGGCCGCACAUGCUCCUUCCAGUGUCGCCACCCAGCGCAGCUGAAAGGCAACAACAGCCUCCUGACCUGCAUGGAGGACGGGCUGUGGUCCUUCCCCGAGGCCCUGUGCGAGCUCAUGUGUCUGGCUCCGCCCCCGGUGCCCAACGCAGACCUGCAGACCGCUCGGUGCCGAGAGAACAAGCACAAGGUGGGCUCUUUCUGCAAGUACAAGUGCAAACCCGGAUACCAUGUGCCCGGCUCCUCGCGGAAGUCGAAGAAACGGGCCUUCAAGACUCAGUGUACCCAAGACGGCAGCUGGCAGGAGGGAGCUUGUGUUCCUGUGACCUGUGACCCACCCCCACCGAAAUUCCACGGGCUUUACCAGUGCACCGACGGCUUCCGGUUCAACAGCGAGUGUAGGGUCAAGUGUGAGGACAGCGAUGCCACCCAGGGUCGUGGGAGCAACGUCAUCCACUGCCGGAAGGAUGGCACCUGGAGCGGCGCCUUCCACGUCUGCCGAGAGAUGCAGGGCCAGUGCUCGGCCCCGGGCCAGCUCAACGGCAACCUCAAACUGCAGUGUCCUGACGGCUACGCCAUAGGGUCUGAGUGCGCCACCUCGUGCCUGGACCACAACAGUGAGCCCAUCAUCCUGCCGGCAAACGUGAGCGUCCGCGACAUCCCCCACUGGCUGAACCCCACACGGGUGGAGAGAGUCGUCUGCACGGCUGGCCUCAAGUGGUACCCUCACCCUGCGAUGAUCCACUGUGUCAAAGGCUGUGAGCCCUUCAUGGGAGACAAUUACUGUGAUGCCAUCAACAACAGAGCCUUCUGCAACUACGACGGCGGGGACUGCUGCACGUCCACGGUGAAGACCAAAAAGGUCACCCCCUUCCCUAUGUCCUGUGACCUGCAAGGUGACUGUGCUUGUCGGGACCCCCAGGCCCGAGAACACAGCCGGAAAGACCUCCGGGGGUACAGCCAUGGCUAAGGAAGGACAAAGAGCUGUCCAAGAAUUCCCAGCACCAGGACCCGCAUCCCUUUGGUAUUGAUUUCACAGCUGCUCGAUGGAAUGGCCUCUCAACCAGGGAUCCUUAGCAUCCGACCGGUCUGCCUUUAAUUUCACCCAGGAAGGACUCGUAGUGGGGGGGGCGCGUGGACCACGUCUCGCCAUGUUGCAUAAUGGAAUGGAAUCCCAUCCCAAAGUCUUAGGUGGAUGACGUAGGCAGCGUGCAGUCCCAGAGCCUCCUAGAACUCUAACCAUUUGUCACACAGCCGCGGCAAGAAGCAUGUUCUGUGUCUCGGAGUGUGCACAUCUGUGGUUAGAGCACACGCGUGCAGACGCACCCAGACAUCUGUGUGAGGGCAGCUCUGGAGUCUGAGCAGAGAGAGCCUGGAACAAAGUCAGUCUUUCCUUUCCCAAGCUCGUAGCCAACACUGGCUUCGGGAGAAAGAGAGCCAGACACUGCUAAGACCGAGUGUUGAGACGCUGAGAUAGUUCACACCCUGAGGCUUGGGAUACGGAGGCCGUGCCCAGUGGUGCGUCCUUUGGGAUCGGAAGUGAAAUGGUCCCUGAUCACCUACUUUCUAGGAAAGUAGGACCCAGGAAGAGGAAAGAAUCCAAAGUAUACAAAGCCCCCCCCCCCCGCCCCGAGUUUUUCUGCUGCCAUGGGGGAUUACCCCAAGCCCAGGGAUCGAGGCCAAGCUGGAAAUGGCUUAGGGUUGCAACGUCAAGGUAUUAUAAGGGCCCCCUGCUUGAGGCUUGAAGCUUGAGGUUUGAGGCCAUACUAUCCCUCCAGAACCCACCCAUUCCCCAAAUCUUGCCUUGGGACCACAUUUGCUGCUACUUUUCCUGCUGCUCUAUCCUAUACAUUGAGUACCCCAAGAUGGUAGGACUAGGUUAGGAAAAACCCCACACAACCAAACAGUCUGCCUUAAAAGUGACCCACAUGUCCCCCUGCACCUCACUUCCUAGCCCUUCUGCAAGAGAAAACCCGCACUGGCCUGCAUGGUGAGAAAGUAGGUCCUGCAAGGUUGGGCUUCUCGUCCUGGGAGGGGCUGGAGGGACUUAAGAUGCUGGACCCCUUCCUGAGAGUCCAGAAUGUCUACUCCAGUGUUCGGUUUUAUAAUCAAGUGGAACAGUGUUACAUUUCUGUGACGGUGGACUCAUCCAGAAACUGUUAGAAUUGUAGGGACUCUUGAGUGAUCGUCCUUAACCAAGCCUUCCUGCCCCUCCAGGCUAACGCGGGCUUUGGUCCUGAGGACCUCACUGUGGCCCCGAGUAGGUCCACUUCCAGAACAGAGAAUCACCUUGGGGUUGAUCAGUCUGGACUGUGUCCCAGGGAGCCAGCAGAGGGGAAGUCCAGGAGUUCCCAGCCUCAGACGCAAACAACCUGACACGGUCAUCAUGUCUCCCGGUCUUCCAUGUGCAGGGCUCCCAUCCACACCGGUGGGUGGACAGCCCUUCCCCGCCCCUGCAUUCCACCUCCAAACGUUAGACUAAGUCCAGCACUGUGGAAGGCAGCCUCCACCUCUGGGGCCUCUUUGCCUCUUUCCAGCCAGUCACCGUCCAUCCUUCUGAUGACUGUGGGGAGAGAUCCGUACAGCACGAGGUGGACAGAGUGGUGAAGUUGGACAUCAUCUCUGAGACCUGGAGUGAGGAAGUGAGGCCACCGCAGGGUCUAGACCAGAUGGAUCACAUAUACAUUGCUAUAAACCAAGUCACUUCGAGUCUAGAGAAGACAAGCAACAAAAGCAAAGUCUAGCGCGGGAAUGGAAAACACCCGGCAUGGGUGCUACCCUCCUCCUCCCCGCAUCUGAGGCAGGU